UCGUCAGGAUUUUAUCCUGGAAGUUUACCUUCUCUGUUUCUUUCAACUUUUACGCUAAUCUCUGGAUUAGAGAGCAUUUUCUUCUUAAUCUAGAAUUUAAGAUUUUCUAAUUUGAUCUUAUCGCGAGUGACGGUUACGUGGUUGAAUCGUCAUCCUGUCUCCGCCUACCUUCCGCUUGAGUAACUUUCCCUGAAAGCUUUCACCUUUUUAGGGGGCUGCAGUUGCCUGUUGUUAGGUCUCCCGGCUCAUUUCGCUGGGAAUAUUUCUUUUGGGUUCUGAUCGAAGCCUCCCAAGGCAAAAGGCUUGUUGAAUCCAUGGCGCUAGAUUGAAGCAGAGGUUUUGAUGGGGUUGGGGAAUUCGAAGGAGGACUGGGCACAGGAUUCACCCUCUUCCUUUCAUUCAACUUCAUCGUCAUGGAAUGCUCCUCGAUAUGGUCAAGACGGCUAUAACCAUCAGGAGGCUUAUCCUCCACCUUCCCAAAGUCAUGGCAACGGUAGGAAGAAACUGGAGCGGAAGUAUUCAAGGAUUGCUGAUGAUUACUCUUCUUUAGAACAAGUGACAGAGGCUCUUGCACUUGCAGGUCUUGAAUCUUCCAAUUUGAUCGUUGGCGUCGAUUUCACCAAGAGCAAUGAGUGGACAGGGGCCAAAUCCUUCAACAAAAAAAGCUUGCAUUUCACAGGCAUUAGUCUGAAUCCAUACGAGCAAGCCAUAACCAUUAUAGGAAAAACAUUAGCUGCCUUUGACGAGGAUAACCUAAUCCCCUGUUACGGUUUUGGAGAUGCAUCAACUCAUGAUCAAGAUGUGUUUAGCUUCUAUCCAGAAGGUAGAUUCUGUAACGGAUUCGAAGAAGUACUGGCUCGGUAUAGGGAAAUUGUUCCUCAACUUAAGCUUGCAGGCCCGACCUCGUUUGCCCCGAUCAUUGAAAUGGCGAUGACCAUAGUUGAGCAGAGUGGUGGCCAGUAUCAUGUGUUAGUAAUAAUAGCUGAUGGACAGGUUACAAGAAGCGUUGACACUGAAACUGGGCGGCUAAGUCCACAAGAACAAAAGACAGUCGAUGCCAUCGUGCAAGCAAGUAAGCUUCCUCUGUCAAUUGUCUUGGUCGGGGUUGGUGAUGGACCAUGGGACACAAUGAAGGAAUUUGAUGAUAACAUCCCUGCCCGAGCAUUCGAUAACUUCCAAUUUGUGAAUUUCACAGAAAUCAUGUCGAAGAGCAGAGAGCAGUCGCGGAAGGAGACAGAGUUUGCACUUGCUUCUCUAAUGGAGAUACCCUCACAGUACAAGGCGACAAUAGAGCUUAACAUAUUAGGGCGAAGAAACGGGAGUGUACCUGAGAGAAUUCCACUAUCACCUCCGGUGCAUGGUGAUGCUGGAUCUUCCUUCAACACACCGAAGUUUUCCCGUAUGCCCAGCUACCAGCCGAGUGUUCCACCUUAUCCGAGUGAAUGCAAGCCUGUAAGUAGUGCCCCACCUGUCCCAAGCUCAACGUACGAUGACCAGCUGUGCCCGAUAUGCCUGAGCAAUCCAAAGGACAUGGCGUUUGGUUGCGGCCACCAGACGUGUUGUGAGUGCGGACCAGAUCUCCAUGUCUGCCCCAUUUGCCGCUCUCCCAUCCAUACCAGGAUAAGGCUUUACUAACCCAGCCAACCCUUGUUCUUCAAUCAUUCGUUUGUUUGUUUGUUUCUCCGAUGCAUGCAAUCUUUCUGUACAAGGAAGAUAAAUCUUUUCUGAUGUUCCCUUUUGUUGUUGGAGUAACUGCGUUCCAUUGUAAUAUCAACUACUUUUGUGACAUAAAAAUGCUAAUCUAUAAUAUGAUUGGGAAAUA